UCAGAAUUACCUUGCCGUGCUGCCGCUGACGAAUAACGUUCAGUCGAGACCGAGCUCAUCCGCGAUACAGUUGAUUUUCGCAUCUAACAGACAAAAUGGCUGAUGUUCCAAAGCGUGAAGUUGAAAAUGUCGAAUUCGUUUUCGAAGUCAUGGGCUCCGCCGGCGAGGGCAUCGAUGCCGUCGACCUAGGUGAUGCCCUCCGCGCCCUGAACUUGAACCCCACCUUGGCGCUGAUCGAGAAGAUGGGCGGCACCAAGAAGCGCAACGAGAAGAAGAUCAAGAUGGAUGAGUUCCUGCCCAUCUACUCACAGGUUAAGAAGGAGAAGGAGCAGGGCUGCUACGAGGACUUCAUCGAGUGCUUGAAGCUCUACGACAAGGAGGAGAACGGCACCAUGAUGCUGGCUGAGCUGCAGCACGCCCUGCUGGCGCUUGGUGAGAGCCUGGAUGACGAGCAGGUGGAGACUCUGUUCGCCGACUGCAUGGACCCCGAGGACGAAGAAGGAUUUAUCCCCUACUCUCAGUUCGUCCAGCGCCUGAUGAGCGAUCCAGUCGUCUUCGACUAAACACAUUCCUCGCCAGAAUGUGUGAAAGACCAGAUCAGCUAAAAUAGUUGAAAACAACAGCUACAAACCAACUACAACAACACCAACAAACUUUUAGCGACAACCAUUCUCCAUAGAUGUUAUAUUCAUCGCUAACUCUCUCUAUCUCUCUCUCGUAUAUUAUUUUAAUUAAAAAUUACUUCUGCUACUACAACUGCAAAAUUGAA